CCAUUGCAUUGUGGGAGACAGAUGAUUGACACGGGCGCCAUUUUGCUCCUGCUCGCUCUGCUUCCAUUGUGUGAGAGAUAGUAAAUAUCUGACACUGCCAGACAACCAGAACACACUUGUAUCCUUGCGAAGAAAAGAGACAAAAUUCACCCCCGGUGAUACUCUGUCGUAAUGGCUCGUACCAAGCAGACUGCUCGUAAGUCCACUGGAGGAAAGGCUCCUCGUAAGCAGCUGGCCACCAAGGCUGCCCGCAAGAGCGCCCCUUCCACAGGUGGUGUCAAGAAGCCCCAUCGUUACAGGCCUGGUACGGUGGCUCUGAGAGAGAUCCGUCGAUACCAGAAGUCCACUGAGCUUCUGAUCCGUAAGCUGCCCUUCCAGCGCCUGGUGAGGGAGAUUGCUCAGGACUUCAAGACUGACCUACGUUUCCAGAGCGCUGCCAUUGGAGCUCUGCAGGAGGCUAGUGAGGCGUACCUGGUGGGUCUGUUUGAGGACACUAACCUGUGUGCCAUCCAUGCCAAGCGUGUCACUAUUAUGCCCAAAGACAUCCAGCUGGCACGCCGUAUCCGUGGAGAGCGCGCUUAGACGGCCUCCCUGAUGUUUCAUCUCUGUCCUAUUUUUCUUUACCCAUCCCUGCCUUUACUCGUUCAUUUUACUCCAUCCACCCACCUCCACCCGUCCCUAUUCCAUUCUCUCCCCAGCCUACCCAGCUUCUCGGUAGACUUUAGAGUAAUCUUGAUUAUGAAGAGAUAGAAAUAUGUUGAAGUCUGAUCAAUUUGUAAUUUUUUUUGUCUUCACCAAAUGUUUUAGGGUACCUUCUUCGUGCAUGUAAAGGUUUUGCAGAUCAGGUGCACAUGUGCACACAUAGGCAAACAUGCAUCCCUGGGUUUGGGGUCUACUUCAAAUCUGGAAGCCCCACAGUGAGCUCACCUGGAGUUGAGCAGGUGCAGUUUUUGUGGCAAACAGAGCCAAAGCAGAGGGACAAGGCCGAGGGGUUAGUCUGCUUAAGGGGAGCUGCAACUUCCACAGCAGGGUGCUAUUAAAACUAGUCCCGAGGCCUCCGCCCCCUCUGAACAUCCUCCUGCUCAGUGCAUCCCUCUGCACCUCGACUCUCCUGUUGCUCUGCAGCUGUAGCUUUUCAGUGCACCUCCGUCACCUGUGAAACCUGCUCUUGUUUGUUUGUGUGCUCCUGUGAAAACUGAUCUUCCAAACCAGCUGUGCUCAAACAAAAAUCUCUUGGUUUCUUAAGAAUAUUAUUGUUGUGGAUAUGGUGUCUAUUUUUUUUACACAUCUAAUUCAUAGAGGAGCAUCUCCUCCUUUACCACUUAUACCAUUAUCAAAAUAGGAGGAAAAAAGCAAUUAAUAGUAUCAACAUUAUCAGUUAGGGUCUUUUUGUUUGCAGUGAUUUGUCUUAGAAAAUCAGGAAGGGCUUCUCCAUUUUCCAAGGAAACUUCAAUUCUAAUGGCAGCCACGAGGGGGCGGGGUCUCACCGUCUCCUCUUCUGUUCACUGUAGAUUAGUCGUCACACAUUCAGCCUCCAUCUCUCUCUGUCACCACAGAUUAGCAUUAUACUUGUCACACCAGUAUGAAUUGACAUAGUGAACCUCUGCAUGUUUAGGGUCUGUGUGUCUCCUGCAGCUUCUCUACACCUGAGCAUAUAAUCUGUCCCUUAUUAAAAUUUGGGAUGCACAGUAUAACCUCAUACUUUUUUCUUUUAUAUUUUUCUUAUUCCUUGAGAUUUUCAGACGUAUAAAUAAGCUGAUCUUUGUAUUUUCCAAAUUUCUCAUAUUAUGGUGGUAAUAAAUAGAUGUUAAAACACA